AUUUGGAUGUGUUUGAAGAAGCAGAGCUAGACAGCGACUCAGACGAGGAACCCUUACGAUGUCUGGACUGUAACUUACUAUUUGUGAGCAAGAACUAUCUGUACAGGCACCUGUUAAAUCACAUCAAGCAGCCGUAUGUUAAGCUGGAAAAAGUGCAGCUGCGCAACCCGCCUUUGAGGAUCACUUUUAAGAAUCGGACAGGCCAUAGAUUUGAGAUCGUUUCUCCGCGACAAUCGCCUUUGUCCUUGGACAGGGGCUAUCAGUCUAGCAGCCUGGAGGAGACUCCGAGAAAUCAGGGGCGAGAGGAUUUUUACGAUCCUCAAGUGGGUGAAGAAACUGAAAAUUACGAAGACGAACACGAAGAGGGGUCGAUUGAAGGUUUUGACGAAGACGAUCUGGUUGACACGGAGCAGACACGCCCAGAGGAAAAUCGCUCAUUUGAGGAUCUCGAGGGCAGUUCCGGAAAUUCCCCGGCCAAUCCAGAGUUAGCCGAAGUGCGAGGAAGUCACAACUUUUCGCCGAAUCUCGCUGAGGUGAUUGGCGGCGCCUUUCUAACUGAUUUGGAUUCGCCAUUCGACGAGCAUUCGCCCGAGAGACCGCAAAGCGGAGAAGGGACAGAAAACGCCGCCAACGUGGAGGCGUUGUCUAGUGAGGGCCAAACCAUUGCUCCUCAUUAUGGCGGCAUUCCGGGGGCCCAGCCCACGCCACCCCCGGAACCAUCCCCCACCGGCGUGUCGGAAUACCCGAAAAUCAAGAUCAAAACGACUGGACUGUUCAAGGACCCGGAACCGAGAAGCGGUUGUACCAUCACAGAAAUCACCGAAUCUGAUUCAUCCGACGGUCCCAGUUCAACCUACUCGUUUCCAGGCAGCACUAACAAUGCCACGCCCGUAUGGCCCAAUCCUGGGAUGGAUGAUCCCCUGAAGCUGCCAGAUAGCGAGAACCUGCUGUCGAUGUUCAACAGCGACAGGAGCAACAAGGAUAUUGGAUAUUCGACGGGGACUGAUAACGAAUUUAUAUCGCUGGACACGUUUAAUGAACGCAACUGCAAUGCUAUGCAACUGUACAAUCCAUCCAGCAGCAGCGCAGUUGCCACCACUUCCUCACUAGACAGUCUUACUGGAUUACCGAUGCAGGCGUUGGCACAGCAGGUUUCACGGCUCAAUCCCUCCGCCGGGCAAGGGCUGCAUCAGCAGAACGUGCUUAUCAACAUCCAACAGUUUCCUACUCAGCCACAGCAACAGUAUCAGGCCCCGCAUGGGCAGAUGCCUCAGCAUCAGCCCAUGUACCCGGCUCAUUACCCUGCCCAGCCCGCCAUCCACCAACCUUAUGGAUACCAGCCGCCUCCAUAUCCUCCAUAUCCUCCAGCGCAGGGCUUUCCGUCCCAGCAUCCACGACCGGCGCACAUGGCGCCACCCCCCCAUCAAAUGGGGCCGAUGGCGCCGCCGCCGGCACCCAUGGGCCAAAUGCAGCCGCCUCAGAUGGGACCGCAACCAAUCAACGCCAGUGGACAGCCGCCCAACCCCAUGGUUCCUUCUUCGCAAAGUCAGCCGAUGCCGCCUCCUAGCCAGCCGCCCAACAGCAUGCAGGGCGGCUACCGGGCCCCCAUGCCUCCCCACAGCCGGCCCCCAGUACCACGGGGGGCGGGCGGCUUGAGGGCACCCAUGGGGAAUCGAUCGCCCGGAGUCAGGCCGAGAGCGCCCAUCAUCCGACCGAGGGGAACUGGGCCUUGUGCAGUGAUCAGGGGACCGACGCGUCCACGAAUCACCAACUUGCAAAACGGCCAGAGGCCGAGCAAGGCACAUUCCGUAAUCAAGCGCGAGUCUAAUCAGGGCAUACCGGGGAAGCGCCGAAGAGUGGACGUGCUGACUCCCUCCGAUAAGGACGACGACGAUUGCCAAGUGAUAUGCAUCCAGCAGAAGAACUCGGGCUUGCCCCAAAUCGAGAACGUCCACGGCGGGCCUGAAUCGGUGGAAAACAGUAUUAUGAAGCUGUCCGAUUCGAUCACUCUAUCGGUGCGGAAUCCGCCCCCUAAGCCGGCAGAUACUCCGCAAAAAUCGGACGCCAAGGCGGUAGCCAAUGUGCUGGCCAGUCGUGGAAUCACGGUCACCGCUUCGGGGAAAAGCAAAGAAUCUCCUACUAAACAGAUGUCUAGCAGUACCGCUCUCAGUUUGAAUGGAGCUGUCAGUAUAGUUGCCAAGAAUCUCUCUUCCACUUCGAAGUCGCCUACAGAAGAAAGCAUUCCCACAGUGGACCUGACGGACGAUUGUGGUUCGGCCAGCCAAAGCAAGAAGGGGCACGUGCUGCCGUACAGGUGCGAUCUGUGUGCCGCCCAAUACCCCAACGCGGCGGGACUGUCCAAACACCGGCAGGUGUACCACAAGACGUCGAUGGGCAUGUGCGAACUGGGCGUACCCUUGAUCAACAUGAAGCAGCCGGGAAUCUUGCAACGGUUGGGCCAGCUGGGCAUCAACAACUACAUUCCGCUGUCCAGUGGCGACUCGAAUGGCACCUUCGCUCUGCCCAUCAUCAACAGCAAGAACCCGGGCAAUGUGGCAGCGCUGGGAGCCACGCAGAUGCUCACAUUGGGCCCAGUGCGAUCCAUUCCCAAGCCGACCACUGCCAAUAACGCGAAAAAGGAAAGUGUGGCAAAGACUUUCCCAUUUACCAAGUAGGCGUUUCUUGUGUUAAAACUACUUUCGCGCGGACGGAAAUGUGCAACUUGCAGAGUUAGUGCUGGGCCAAAUUGGCCUCAAUCUCUGGUUUUAUGGUUUAGCGUAAGUUCCCCUGUUUGAUUUUCUAGCAAUUUAUGGCUGUUUCUUGCAGUAUUUUCGACAUUUUUUAUUUGAACCCUGAUUACUCGGAGACUGAAUUAAAGUUUAAGUUUAUAAUUAUCACAAUGACCAGUCGAAAGGCCUGUAAAUACAUUAGAUUCCUUGUGAUAAUACAACAUAGUUUUCAUAUAAAA